AUGAAACAAGCAGAAAGACUAGCUUUUCAUUCCAAGAGCUUUGAUUAUGAAAUUCAGAUACUUCAUGAUGAUGCAAAGGCACGACAUGCACUUUUUAUGAAGAAGGCCAAUGAAAUGAAGGAGUCUCUUGGUGUCAAGGUUGCUGAGAUAAAAUCCGUGAUGAUAGAAAAAGUCAAAAAUAUGGAAGAAAAUUACAAAGAUUUGCAUGGUAAGGUUGAUGUUCUUGCUGUUGAAAUUACUCGAUUGGUUGAGUUCAAUACUAAGUACCCAAAACAGUUUCAAGCCAAGUUAGAGAAGGAUACAAUGGUGUUUGAAAAGCUGGAGGAAUUCAUGUUUGGUAUUAAGGAAACCUUGUGA